UCCGCCGCCCGCUGCUGCCCCCAGCAUGAAGCUCACCUGGGAUAUCAACGACCCCAAGCUGCCGCAGGAGCCCGAGCGCUUCGAUGCCUUCCAGGAAUGGCCGGACGGCUACGUGCGCCUCAUCUACUCCAGCGAGGAGAAGAACGCGCAGCGGCACCUGAGCGGCUGGGCCAUGCGCAACACCAACAACCACAACUGCCAGAUCCUGAAAAAGUCCUGCCUGGGGGUGGUGGUGUGUGCAGGGAGCUGUGCCCUGCCCGGCGGUGCCAGGCUGCAGCUGCGGCCCGCCAUCUGCGACAAGGCGCGGCAAAAGCAGCAAAAAAAAGCCUGCCCAAACUGCAAUGCAGCUCUCCAGCUCAUCCCUUGCCGUGGGCACAGUGGCUACCCCGUCACCAAUUUCUGGAGACUGGAUGGCAAAGCAAUAUUUUUCCAGGCUAAAGGAGUCCAUGACCACCCCAGACCAGAGAGUAAAUUGGAGGCAGAGGCAAGACGAAGUGCAAUUAAGAAGCAUAUGUUGUCUUCUCAGAAUUCCCAGAAAAAGAGACUUCUAAACUCAGAGGCUGGAAGAUAUCAUGAUAGCAGUGGUUAUGCCAGUAACACACAAAAUCUGCCCUCCAUAGAUGUCCCAGAAAGAGUCAGCAUCGUCACAGACACCAGUUUUUCAAUUCCAGCUCAGUCUUACCCUUUGCCGCAAAAUACCGACCUCUACAAGAUGUCUUAUGACUCAGCCAACUUCCAAGAGGACCAGCUGUUGCCAUAUCAGAAGUGCCCCAAUCCAAGGAUCUAUGUGCCCAGGCCAUGUAGUUAUGAGUUUGGAGUUCCUCCCUUCAUUAGCUCCAGCCCUUACCCAUCAUGUUAUAAAGAUCCAGCAAAUCCUCCCCUCGAUGCCGACCCUAUCAGUUUGAAUGGAUCUCACUAUAAUUCCUUGGCCAGCAUUGACAAGAGCUUUGACCAUACUGCUAGGCAUUAUGGACUGAAACCAAUCUGGGGGAAAACUGGCAGUGGAGACAGGAGCGACUAUGGUCAGAUGCAAACAAACACUAACCACCCUUAUUAUGGUGGAGAGUACUCCGGCAAAUACGGUCCCAGCCCCUCUCCCAUGGCCCCACCACUACAGACUGUCAUCACAACCACCACAAAAGUGUCCUACCAGGCCUACAAGCCAUCCGUGCUGAAAUACAGCGACAACCUUUGCGACAUGAAAAACCUUCAGAGCUAUACGCAUGUGGCUGAAAAUGUCUCAGGCACUAUCUAUUCAGGGAUGAAGAUUCAGGAAGAUUUUGGGAUGAUCAAGUCGGCAUUGCUCUACCAGCAUGAGCCAAUCACCACAAAGUCCGAACCAGUGGAGAGCGUGGAGGCCUAUCGGUACGGGUUACCGCUGGGGAACAGCUAUGCUGAGCAUGAAGGACAAGCCUUAAGGUUUGAGAGUACUGAAUAUUGACUAAAUGUUACCUAAACUCUAUUGGGAUGGGCAACUGAGAAAUUAAUGGUAAGUUGUUUGAGAUUUGAGGAAGUGUGAGAAAGCAGUGCAUUGUUGCUUUCUGGAGCUGAAGCAUAAUUUC